AUGGCUCCCUCUGGAAGAACAAGAGCAAGCAGGCCUAAGACAGCAAGAAAGGCAAGAAGAACCAUUUUCAAGAAGCCAGUAGUUGUCAAGCCAAAGCAAAAGAUUCAAAAGACGCCUCCUCCUCCGAAUUCACCUUCCAAGUCCUCCUCCUUGAUCUCCGGUGGCCUUCCGCAGACCGAAAGCAUAGAUUUCGAGGCUGUUGUUCAUCAUGAUGUCUCUGCAACUUCUAGCCCUUGCUCCACACCAAAAGCUCAGAGAUAUCGGAUACCCCAGAUUGUGUCAUGUCCUCCAGCACCCAAGAAGCAAAGAGUGAAUUCAAAUUGCUUGUUUCGGAGAUCUCCAAUCGCCUUCUUCGCUCCACCGGAUUUGGAGCUCUUCUUCUACUUCGCAAAUCGCGGUAUUUCAGUUUAA